AUGGACUACUCCAGCCCGCGAGUCAGGUGGGGAAGAAGAGGAAGCGGAAGGGAGGAGCGGGACGGACUCGCUGACGACUCCCAACUGAACGAGCCUUUCUCAUGCGAAGACCUAGUCUCGCGAGUCGUCAAGUCUGACUUCACCACUUUCGUGAGGUUAAAUCUGUUGCGGCUUGCGUUUCAAAGUCCCAAACCCUCUCAGAGAGCGCAUCUUCCGUUCACCAACCCUGCGAUCAUCCCUACGGAGGACGUGGUCAUUUCAAUACCCAUUCUUCGAUGUGGUGUAACAGUCCCAUUUCAUCCUUUCGUCGCAGCCAUUCUUAGACGCUACGACGUAUCGCCUUUUCAGCUAACACCCAACAGUUAUCGCACUGUUCUAGCCUUCUAUGCGAUGUACAUGGAGUACGCCCAUAGAGCUCCGUCAGUAGAGGAAUUUAGUUAUUUUUAUGACAUAAAGAGCGUGGGCCUUCAUAACGGCUUCUUUUGCUUUAGUAAAUGGGCGACUUCUGAAAUCAACGGGGUUGAGGGGAUGGUUUCGAACAUGGGUGAUUGGAAGUCAAAAUGGUUCUACGUUUUUAAGGUUCCUGGGAUCAGAACCGACUUUAAUCGCAGACCCAAUAGACCAGCUCGACCAACGCUUAACGCUCAUAAAAAGGGGGUAGCUGAAAUUCUUGGGAGUCUUCCGGUACAAGAUCGCGACUGGCGAUUGCUGUGUACGACUGCCAAAUUGCGAGAACACAAACUGAUCCCUGAGAACGCGAGUCUUCAACGGGAGCCAGUAUAUAAAGAACCAUCUGAGAGACAGCAGGAGCGGAUAGAUAAACGGCUUUCCAAGCAAACUCCUCGAGAAACUUCAGACAUGACUUUCCUGAAGUCUGCCCCUGUCCUGAAGAUCAAGCAAAAGGGUGGGACACCGGCUUCUUCACCAGUCGUCGCACAGAAGAGGAAGAGCGAUGUGAUGACUUCGCUCGCUGCAGAUUCCUCCAAGAAGUUGGCCAAGACCACUCAGGAUAAGGGGAAGAAGGUUGUCAUUGAUUCUCCGGUUCGCCCUCGCGACUUCCUGGCUAUGCAGGAAAAAUUACUGGCCGAGAUUCCUUAUGAGGAACUUGUUUCUCGAUCAACUGAACUGGCCGCACAAUCUGUGGCUUUGUUUAUGAAAGCCGUGGCCACGCCUUUGAAAGAAACUGACUCGCUGAAGAGGCAGAACGCCCAUUUUCAGGAAAACAUAAAGAGGCUGAAGCAGGAGGUGGCCAAGAUGGAGGAACUUCACAAGGAGCUCGAGGAAGCCAACAGGGCCAAAGAACAGUUGGAGCUCGAGCUCAAGAAGUCGCAGGACACGAUCGCUGAGAUGGCUCGCGACUUAGAGGCUGAGAGAGAGAGUGGGAAAAAACAGUCCCUGACUUCGACUUCUCGCUGCUUGGAGAUGAAGGCUUUCUUGAAAUGGGCCGAAGCCUUUCGCUCGAUGUCUCCUACCCGGACUCAAGGCAACCUUCCAGAUGAAAUCGAGGGAGCGCAGGCUGAGGAGGUCGAGAAUGAAGUUGUGAGCAAGAUCGUGGAUGAGGCUGCUCCUGAUGAGACUACUCCCGCUGCUUGA